GGGUCUAUGGCGAAGGGAUUUACUUGGGAUGAAAGCUGAUCGCCUGCCUUUAUUUAGGAGGCGUUCCCUGCCUUAAACCCUGCCGCUUUCGACCCGAUCCUCGGUUAGUCUGUCUCCCCCCGGGGAUCCCCAGGUCUCGGCGGACGUCGGACGGGAGCCCUUGGGAGUUCUCCCUCAGACAGAGGAGCGGAGGUUUCCUUCCUACGUGCAGCCCCCCUGUGCCCCCCGCACACACACACCCGCUCACAGCACGCGCGGGGCCGACUCCCCUCCUGCGCGCAGCAUCUCGGCCCGCGCCCCGGACCGCCAUGGAGGUGCUGGAAAGCGGGGAGCAGAGCGUCCUGCAGUGGGACCGCAAGCUGAGCGAGCUGUCAGAGCCGGGGGAGACCGAGGCGCUCAUGUACCACACGCACUUCUCAGAACUUCUGGAUGAAUUUUCCCAGAACGUCUUGGGUCAGCUCCUGAAUGACCCUUUCCUCUCUGAGAAGAGCGUGUCGAUGGAGGUGGAGCCGUCACCAACCUCCCCAGCGCCUCUCAUCCAGGCCGAGCACAGCUACUCCCUGUGUGAGGAACCCCGGGCCCAGUCACCAUUCACCCACGUCACCACCAGUGACAGCUUCAAUGAUGAUGAAGCAGAACAUGAGAAAUGGUAUCUGUCUACAGAGUUCCCUUCAACAACCAUCAAGACCGAGCCCAUCACGGAUGAGCCACCCCCAGGACUCGUCCCCUCUGUCACUCUGACCAUCACUGCCAUCUCCACCCCUUUUGAAAAGGAGGAGCCACAUCUGGAAAUGAACACUGGGGUUGACUCCUCAUGCCAGACCAUUAUUCCGAAGAUUAAGCUGGAACCUCAUGAAGUGGAUCAGUUCCUCAACUUCUCCCCUAAAGAAGCCGCCGUGGACCACCUGCAUCUACCGCCCACCCCACCCAGCAGCCACAGCAGCGACUCUGAAGGCAGCCUGAGCCCCAACCCGCGGCUGCACCCCUUCGGCCUGGCCCAGAGCCACAGCCCGGGCCGCGCAGGGGUGCGGGGCCCCUCUGCGCUCUCCACGUCUCCGCUCCUCACUGCGCCCCACAAACUGCAGGGCUCGGGCCCCCUGGUCCUGACAGAGGAGGAGAAGAGGACCCUGAUCGCCGAGGGCUAUCCCAUCCCCACCAAGCUGCCCCUCACAAAGUCAGAGGAGAAGGCCCUGAAGAAGAUCCGGAGGAAAAUCAAGAAUAAGAUUUCGGCCCAGGAAAGUAGGAGAAAGAAGAAGGAAUACAUGGACAGCUUGGAGAAAAAGGUGGAGUCGUGUUCAACCGAGAACUUGGAGCUUCGGAAGAAGGUAGAGUCUCUGGAGAACACCAACAGAACUCUCUUGCAACAGCUGCAGAAGCUGCAGACUUUGGUGAUGGGCAAGGUUUCUCGCACCUGCAAGCUGGCCGGCACACAGACGGGCACCUGCCUCAUGGUGGUCGUGUUAUGCUUUGCUGUGGCGUUCGGCAGCUGCCUGCAGGGCUACGGGCCCUAUCCCUCUGCCACCAAGAUGGCGCUGCCCAGCCAGCCCUCCCUGCAGGAGCCAUACACAGCCUCUGUGGUGAGAUCCAGGAACCUGCUGAUCUACGAGGAGCAUUCGCCCCUGGAGGAGCCUUCCAGCCCCGCCUCCGCAGGGGAGCUUGGGCCCUGGGACCGAGGCUCUGCCCUGCUCAGGGCCGCGGGGCUGGAGUCGCUGCCGGAUGUGGAUCUUCCCCACUUCAUUAUCUCCAACGAGACCAGCCUGGAGAAAUCCGUGCUGUUAGAGCUGCAGCAACACUUGGUCAGCACCAAACUGGAGGGCAACGAAACGCUGAAAGUUGUAGAACUCGACAGAAGAGUGAACGCCACCUUCUGAGGAGGCCGCCCCCACCCCUGCUCUUUCUCGUCACCAUAUCUUUACGUCCCCAACUACCUUCGUCAUCGCUUUUUCUUUUUGCCACCCAAUCUUGACAAAGACACAGACAAGUCAUGGGCAAAUCAUGGACAAGACAUGGACAUGGCUUUAAUGAAGGACAACCUGGGAUUUCCACAGGUGGUGAGAGCACCUUCCCCUUGCCCUGCGCCCUUCUCAAUGGAAGGGAGCCCAGCAUCUCUCCCUCCCUUCUCUUUACUGCUAUAGGAGAUUAUUUUAGAGUCUGGGGUGGGUAAGCAGGCUUGUUUCCACCAACGGUGCCAAAAAAUUACCACCUGGUUCUCAGCGCCACUUCUGUGACCACCGCUUUGAAGGAGACAAGAACACUUACUCGCUCGGGACUCCAGACUCUAGCCACAAAAGUGCCCGGAUGGUCGUAGGGCCCUGGCAAAGCACACUGACGGCUGGACAUCCUGCCUUCCCCUCGCCUGGGUCUCCGUUGCCCCCAUCAGGAUGGGCAUCCUGUGAGCAGCCCACACCCCACCCCGCCCCCCAUCCACGCCCUCGCUGGUUGUCCGGUUGUCCUCCCGGUGCGGAGGGUGGACCCCUUCAUCACAUUCUCAGGCCGCAAGUGCAAUGCCUGACGGACUCAGGCUUCUCUACUCCAGGCAAACCUGCCCCAUCUCACUGCUUGUAGAAUUUCUCCAUUACCGGUGUCCCCAUGAGCAUAGUUCUGCCUCCCAGCUUCUUCUCCUCCCCAUUUGUAAAUAGUAUUUAUUAGCUUGCUGAGACCUCCCGCCAGCAACCACACUGAAGAGAUCCAACACCUCCCGCCAAACUAGUAAAGUCCCCCAUCGGCCUUUGGAGCAGGGAGGGUAUCCUGGCCCACGGGACCCCUGUUUGUUUCCUUUCUUCUUUCAUUCCUGGAGGUCUGUGAUAGAGCUGGGAAAUCUCCCUGAGUGUGUAUCCUCCUGUUGAGGAGACUCAGAGGAAGCUGGAGAAGGCCUUCUUCAGGCCUGAGGGUCUGUGGCCCGGCAGCUUCUGUCCUGUGUUCGGGUGGAGAAGGGAGCCCGGGCCCAGCCGUUGCACUUCGAGCGGCCUUGCUGACCCGUCUCUGCACACCUGCUCCUGCCCCUCCUCCCCUCGCCCCCACGUCCUCUCCCCUCCUCUCCUGCUUCAGCAUGGGGUGUGGGCCUGAGGCCCAUUCCUGGGCCGGAGAAGGUGGCAUUUGUGUCUCUAGUCUUACCGUUUAUGGUCAGGUUUGGCUACUUUACAGCUCACCCAAAGAAAUACCACCUCACCCCCAACCUACUUUAAUUUUUUUUUUAAGGAUGAAAAGUAACUUUUGUAGUUUAAAAAAAAAAAAAACUUUCUCCUUUCAUACAAAUAAGAAAUGGAAAUUGCCUUUUUAUUGUAUAACAUAGAAGAUGCCCCUUAACUGUUUUGCCCUAACUUGUGUAAAUAUUUUGUGUAGGAAAUUUGCUUACAUACUGUAUUUCAUUUUUAGUAAUGGCUAAAGGGCCUCUUGCUUUAGCCACUCCCCCCCACCCCAAACGCUCACAUUCACACACACACACAACCCCGUCAUUGGACCCUGUCUUUUGGCGCAAGAGCAGGAUCAUGUCCACACCUGGGCCUUCCAUUCUAUGCUAGAAACUGGAUUUGGUGCCAUCGACGUGAACCUUGUAAGCAGAACCCAGCUUUUUCAGCCCAGAUGCUUAUGGGAUUUGCCGUGAAAGCUACCUGGAGAGUUCCAGCAGGGAGGUGGCCUCGCUCAUCAUUCAUCAUCAGGUGGUAGGUGCAGCGGGUUGCCUUGGUGGCCAGGCUGUCUGCAUGGAUCCCUGUCCUUAGCUUGGCCAGGGUAGACUGUUCAUCAGUCACAGGCAGCCAGGGGCAGGGGACCCUAGAAAGGUAAAAAGAUGGGGUGAACUGGUGUAGGAAUUGGGUGAUGAAGACAGGUUCCUAUUUAAGGAUGAGUGUGAGAUUGGGCUCGGUGACUCUACGCCACAGUGGGGCAGGUCAGGUUUUAAAGGCCCCUGACGCCUCAGAGCGGGCCUUGCUCUUCUGGACCAGGAGGCGGAUGAGCACAGGUGCCAGGCUGCGGCCCUCACUGCCUGGAGACUUCUCCCCCAACCCCACCCUUGCUCACUUCGCUCACCAGACUUCCACACCACAGGCCUGGCUUUCUGGAAGCUGUUCUCCCAGUCUGUGUCCAGAGGUGUGGCCCCCAGCCUGACAGCUCACAUAGCUCUCAGCCAGGUAUAGCUGCGGUUGGGGAAGUAGCCUCCGCCUUCCGCUGCUUACUUUGGAGCUGAUACAGGGGAACUCAGUGUUAUCCCUUGAGGGGAACCAGAAAGGGUCCAGAGGACACUGGAGGGUUGGUUGGAUGAGAGCAGGGGGGUCGGGUGAGUUCCAAACAGUCCAUGCACAAUCCAUGCCAUGUCCUCGCUGUAGGAUUCACAGACAGGGCCUUCGUCACCCCCCACAGGCAGUGCCCAGAGCAGCCCAACUAGCAACCUUACUAGCCCUGAAGAGGCUUCCAGACACAAGCCUGAGGGCUGCCUGAAGAACAGCCCGUCGUUACAAAUAUGGCGAUAGGGUGUUGUCACCUUGUAAAGAGGUUUCGCUCGCCCUUUUCGCUCUUUGAUGCCUGAGUGCAGGAGAUGUCCUUGCCGACUUCAGAGAACUGGCACUUUUUCUCCGGAUGAGACCUGAGUCACCCAGGCCUCCAGGGUGGCUCUUUUCACGGCUCUCGGCUUUGCACUUAGGGACAGAUCCUGUAAAUGAAAGGCCUCCGUGCCAGUUUUAGGAAACAUUCCUGUGAAGUGUUAGGACCCUGGAGCCUGGCUCACAGAAAGAGAGUGUUACAUAAAACCCUGACAGCUGAACUGGGUUGCUUUCCAGCAGGGCGCAGGGGUGAGGUUUGACACCAGUCCAGGCAAAAUUAGGUAACCUUUUUAUUUAAUAUAAAUGAUUUUGAUCUGGAGGCCUAACUCAUGGCUUGUGGGCAGCUUUUAGCUCAACAUAUUUACAAACCAACUAGAAAUAUCACAGUAGGUUUUUCCUCCCUUGUUCUCUUUCUCCUGAACGCCAGAGAGGGCUGUGAAUCCCAUAUGCCCAGAGAGUAGGAGUGUUGGAUUGAUUCUUCUUUAUUUUGCCAGUGAGUCAAAUGUCCGCAAUUUCUGUCCAAGUGUUUUAUUAAAAAUUUUCAGCACUUCGUGGCAACCUCCUUCCAUGUCCUCACACCAAGCCAUACCAUACUGAACCGGUUGACCCUCCCAGCCAGCUCUGCUGGACACAUGUCGGCCAAGCAUUAAGCAGAAGUGGAGACACCCCAUUCCCCAGUAAGAAAUGGACCCUCCCUUGCUGACACAAAAUCAGAGGUGAAGAAGGCUCUCAGUGCCCCCUUGUCUAUUUUGAGUCGCAGGUUGGGUGAAGCCCACCUUUGAGGAGGCUUCAUUAAAGCCCCAGCACUCUGGCUUGGAGGCUGACAGGACCUGUGGAACCGUUAGCAGGGAGAACCCUAGCGAGAGCCAUUUUAUUUGAAUGCUUUUCGGCUGAGACAGUGAGUAGACAUGCGAUUGACUGAGCCCUCUGGGAAGGCAGUUACAGGAGAGGCUGAGGAGGUGGCAGAUUCUCGCUUUUCCAUUCAGUUCAUCCUAGGACUUUUCAGUUUGCAGGAAGGAGGCUAUAGGCAAUAUUGGGGGAGAGGGGGACUGCGGGAAUGCCAUUGAUGGAUGUUAUUCAAGACAGUGCUUUCUCUGCGCCACCCACGGCCAACACACAUGUACACACAAACACGCCUCCCGGGUCUUACACACUCAUUUGUACCUUAAAUGUGUCAUAUCUGAAUCCAGGGUGACUGAGGAAACCCACAUCCCUGCGAGAUUUUGUUUGUACCCUUGUAAUAAUGGAUUGAAGUGUGUGAAGGAAAGACUCUUGAGUCUUCCUGAAAGACUCAAAAACUGGUUUCCUCCAAGCACACCCUGAGCGGAUUUGCAUAUCAGGAGAGAACAAUCCGGGGUCAGGUUGCGUUAGGAAACCCUGAGUUAGGAAACCCUGGUCUUGAGGGGGCUCAACCGCAAGGGUGAGUGACGCCCAGUGCCAGGUGCCCUGAAAUCUCACAGCAGAGCAUUUUUGAGGUGCGCAGGACCCCAAGCCCUUUGAGGAUGAAUUCUCUAUGCCUCCAUGCACAAUGGGUCAUCGCUUGGCAGAGGAAAAAUCCAGGAGUUUUAUUUUUGUUAUUUGGGGCAACAGAAGUUUCUAGAAGGAAGAAAAUAGUUGUGGGACGCUUCUUAGGUGCUGGCUGUGAAGCUAUGUAAGUUUGCAGUCUAUGGAUCAGCCACUAGUUACUAGGAGACAGAUAAACAGCUAAUGACGGGAGGGAAUGACAAUUUGGUGGAGUCCAGGAUUAGGUUUCCUCGCGGGAGAUGCGGCUCCUGCCCCGCCCCAGCCCCACGGUGCAAUGUGCGUGGCUUUGUGCUGGGUUUGUGUGGCGCGCCCUGCCCGUGUUCUCACGUCUUUUUCCUGCCAUCUUGCAAAUACCAACCAGCAGUCUUUGCUUCCUGGAAAAGAGAACCCCCGGCUUUAGUUCUAGCUCUCUGCCCUGUCCUGUGCCCUCCUGGGUGGCACCCAGUGUGAAUACUUGUACCGCGACCCGUGGCCACCACUGCUUACGCAAAAAUCUCCCUGUCAGGUAAAAAUGCUUUGAGUCUAUGGAAAACACCAGCAGUCUGACACCGUGAGUGGCCCUUUUUAAAUAAUGCUGAGACCCUCGACUAUGACACCCAAUAGCUUUAUCGUCGGGAGACAGGCCGGGCUUUCUGGGCUUUGCAACAGGUUAUGUAGACCAGCAGUGUUUGAAUCUAGAGACGCCGCAAGUUUGUUCUCUUGUGGUAUUGUGAUGGGUCUUUUUUUUUUUUUUUUAAAGCUUUAUAUUCUUUGUCAUAGCUAAGUAAAUACAAAAAAAGAAAAAGAAAUGCUUUGUAGGAUACUUGUAUUUAGUUUUGG